AAAACAAAAAAGAUUAAAACUCUCUCUCUCUCUCUCUCUGUUUCUUCUCCUCACUCUCUCUCUCUCUCUCUCUCUCUCUAAAACAAUCGAAAAAUCCUUUCUUCUCUCUCUAGGGUUUUGCGAAAAUUCGCACUCCAAUUCCACUCGGUCAGCUGCGAAUCUCGGACCGCAGCUCGGGGUCGGGUCUUGGCGCUCCGGCGGGCUAUGUGUUAGUAUCAUUUUCUCGGCGCGCCGUGCAGGAUCGGUGGAGCGAGCUAAAACGAGGUCGUUUCGGGUCGUCGUCGAUCGAAUCAAGGAAGUAUUAUAUAUGUUGAGAACGUUGAGGGCUUGUUAGAUGCUAUAACAUGGAGAAGGAUAUUUCGACAGAUGAUAAUCUUAUUAAGAGGAGUGAUCCUAUUAUUGCUUCCAAGGCUGUGGGGUCUUUUGUAAAGAUUGAUUCUAUAUCCAUAGAUCUUGAUGAUGCAAAUGAUGACAACAGACAUGCGGGGAAGUGUGAGCAUUUCUCCAUACGUGGUUACGUAUCUGAAGUUCGAAAAAAGAACUGGAAGAUAUGUUGGCCAUUUGCUUUAGACGGCGAUUUGGACAAGUCGGAUCAGGAGAAAACAGAUAUGCUUCCUCCUUUGGAUGCUCCAAAAUUCAGAUCGUGGUGUUGCCAGAAUUGUCUGCGUGAAAUUGGUUCUAAAGGUCAUGGUACAGACCUUAAUUGUCAUGUUGGAUCUAAUUCCAAGUGCACUGGUGCUCAGAUGCCACCCGCCACUGAUACUGCAUUGCUUCAGUCAGAUUAUCAACAAGGUCCGAAGUCAAAAACCGUUGAGGAAAAACAAUUUCAUGCUUAUACUUAUACUAUUGUGGAUGGCAGUGAGACACAUCCUUCCUCACGUAUCGAUAAGAAAAAAAGGAAUGGUGAAGUUUCACCCACAACCAUCAUAGCGAAUGAGAAUGCCCUAGCAAAUUGGGUGAGUCAUGAAAUGCCCAGAUUCAAUUCUGCGGAGACAGAAGUUAACACCAGUAGGAUGCAGGAGAGACAUAAUCAUGUCACAGAAAAAUUGGGUUGCAAUGGAUCUGUCAGAGUCUAUAAGCCAGGAUGUGAAAGUCAUGAAGAUGCCAGCCUUGAGCUUGAGAUUACAAAAAACAAUUGCUGGAUAAGGUAUUCCACUCAGAAUGGUGACCCUGAGGACCAUUCAUUUGCAGCCAACAAACAGGAGUCAAUAAAUGCUUCUGGACUAUGUAAUGGCAGGAUGGUUGGUGAGGCAGGCAAUCCUAUCAAGGUUCAGACCAAUGUUUGUCGUCCUCUGAUUUUAGAUGAGUGUGAUUAUGCAUCAUCUGAAAAUCAUGAAAAGUCCAGUGGUUUUCAUCGUAAGAAAAGUCGAAAGGUGCGUUUGUUGACUGAGUUGUUGUGUAAUAAAGAGGAUGCAAAGACCGAUUACACCAGGACAGAAGAUUCUCCUUCCAAUAUGAUCAAUAAUACAUCUGAGCUAGGAUCUGUUUCCCAAGGUCAGGUGUCUCUCCAAGAAAAUGUUAGAGUGGGUUCAGGUGAGAAUAAAAAAAGGAAGUUGUCGGAGGAAGAAGAGAAGGGAGGCCAAGAGAUGAGCCAUCCAAAAAUUUUGAGUAAAAAAGUUAAGACUUUUAGGCGAGAUGGAGAAGCCGCCAAUGCAAUUGCAACUACUGGAUUGGAAGAAGAUGCAUUGGCCAGAAUUUCUUUGCAGGUUGAUAUGAAGAAUAAUUGGAGUAGAUAUGGAAAUGAAAGGAUCCAUACUGUUGGUAAGAAGAAAGCUAAGAAAUCUCAUGACUUUGAUGCAUGGUCGUCCUUAUCACCAACUGCAGAAAAUGUGCCAAUAGAAGCCCAGGACAAAUUUGGAAAUUCAAGCAAGAAUGCUACUAAUGGUGCUUCUUUUAGACCAAUGUAUGAUCCAUCAGUUAGAGAGAGUGAUUUGCACUCUUCAAAGAAAGAUAGAAAAUCUGGUUUUGUUAAGAGGAAAGGCAAGAUGCCACAAUCUGAUACUGGGCCGGUUUUUCUAUCAAAUACAAGGAAAGAUGCAGAAAUCAAGGCAAAUGGGCAAGGAACUGUUAGAUUUCAUCCGGCAGAAGAUGCAUCUACUGAGAAAGGGCUGGAUCUUUCUCUCAACAGCUAUUUGGCUACCCAAAGAUAUGACGGAAAAUGUCUUCCUCAACAAGAAGAUGGAUUUCCUUCCUUGUCAACUUGGAAAGAUAGCACUUGCAAACUAGAUGAGUUCAUGAGGAAAAAUGUGGAAGUCAAUUAUUUGGCGAAUUUGAACAAACCUUCUACAUCUAUGGCAAAUCCAUUAUCUGAGGAUGGAGUACCUGGUGAACCAAGUAAAAAAGUUUACUCCUACAGCAUGCCUAUUCUGAAUGAGAGGCAAAAUUACAGCUCCCAGGUUGAACAAGGGAGCUGUUCUUUAAUGCAGCAAAUGGAUAUAUCUCGCGGAAGCAAGAAUCAGAAAAUCAUUGAGGUUGAGAAAAAUUCAGGUGUGCCUGUUAUUAGGAAGCAUAGCAACCAUCAAGCUGAGAUGUCUGAAAAGGGUACUAUAGAUGACAUACCAAUGGAAAUUGUUGAACUCAUGGCGAAAAAUCAGUAUGAGAGAUGUCUUCAUGAGACUCAAAAUGAUAAGCAUGUAUUAGAAACCCCAAGCAGAGCAAGGAAUGCUCAGAUGAUGGAGCAUACUCAAGUAUAUGGCAUUGGGGACUUGAGAGUAUUAGAGGAAACCAGUCAGAAACGAAAAGCUCAGGCAAAAAAUGCAAAAAAUGGCACAACAAAGAAAAAUGUGGCACCUGUCCAACAGAAGUCCGUUGAUUAUUUUCCUUAUAUCAAUGGAAACCAUUUUGGCAUGAACCGUCUUGAUCAAAUGCAUUGCACCGCAGGGUUUGGUCCAUUCAGUCAGUCUCAAAAGAAGCCUUCACCACGAGGCCAAUUUCCUGCUGCUGGCAACAGCAAAUGUAGUUGUGCUCAAAGUUGCAAAUGGGAUGGAAAUAUGAUGGGGCACAGGUUCUCGAAUUCAAACUUGCAGAGCUUUGCAGCAUGCAACACAUGCCAGUCUGUUCCACAAUCAAAGGAAGAAGCAGCUCAUCUUUGGUCACCUGUAAUAUCAGCUCACAUGCCCUUUGCUUAUAAGAAUCCUCAGAAGGGUCCAGCCCAGUCAUCUAAUGUCAAAAUGGUUUCACAGUCUCCUGGCUCACUGCAGAAAGGAAAUGCCACUGGGGAUUGUGACCUGAGUUUGAAUCUGAAUGCUCCAAACUUUGAGAAGCGUAAUGAAGCUGUUGGUUCUGAAACUAUCAGCAGAACAAAUCCAGAGUACUCGUUCACUUGCAAACGUAACGGGACUGAACCUCAUCAAAAUUCAUUGGGGUCAUUAGAUUUAUAUUCUAAUGAAACCAUACCAGCAAUGCAUUUGCUCAGCCUCAUGGAUGCAGGGAUGCGGUCAGGUGCAUCCUUAAAUAUGGGUGGAAACCCGAAAUUUCCCAAGAGACCCUUUCCUAAUGAUCUCAACUCUAAGGGAUAUCCUGGGCUGGAUAUUGGUCUUUAUAAGGCUACUGAUACUGUGAAUCAUCCAUCAUCAAACUGUUAUGGGAAAAAUCACCUUUCUGAGAAAUCUCUCGAUUUGUUUCCUACCAAUCCAACUUUUGGGGCAUCUUCAUCUUCAUUUGAACACUCAAAAAGUUUUGGAAGGGCUACAGACUUUAUGGAUCAAGUUUCGAGCUCUCAAAAGAAAGAAAAGAUCCAAAGAUCCCAUUCACCUGCACAGAAUAGAGGUCCUAGAUCACAAAAAUCUUUAGCUGCUGAUGGUGGUUUUGGCAACAAUCGUACAACCAUCCCUGUUCAUAGUAUACCGAAAGGGUUCCUUCCUGUUUCUGGUCCUAUGAUGUUUCCGCUGCACUACCACACCAUUGCAAAUUCAAGGAAACACAACUUGGAAACUCCUAAUGCUAAUGGAACCAUGAAGCCUCCAAAGACUAGUUCGGAGUCUUCAAUCUGCUGUAUGAACAGAAAUCCAGCUGAUUUCAGCAUGCCAGAUGUAGGAAAUGGGUACAUGAUUAGAGGUGAAGACCUAAAAGUUGGGAAGAAGAUUUCUUCUGAAAAGAGGCACGGCUUAUUUAAAGUGGAGCAGCAGAAGCGGCAGAGGAAUACAAAACACACUAUUGAAAAGGAUCGCACGCGACAUUGAAUUUCCUGAGGAGUUCCUGAUUUCCAUACUGUGAAGUGAUGGAUCUCCCCAGCUACUGCACAGUGAGGUUCUUAUAGGAUCAGAGAGCAAGUCAUUUUCCGGUGCAAGCUGCAAUCGGUCAGAAACUCCCAACUCCCCCAAGUCGUACUGGGCAUUUUCCAUGUCUGAAGCUGAGCUCUGAUGACCAUGCUGGGUGAAGGUCAAAGACCUGUACAUACCUUUAUAUUUGUCUUGACCUUCUGCAAGUGUUCUUGAUUUUAUUUUGAAUAUGUUGUUUGUAUGUUGGUGUCAAACUGUCAGCAGCUGUUGUUACACCCCAGAACCCAUUCCUGGUCAGGAAGUGGGGUAGAAGGACUGAACAAGGCAUUAGCUACAGACUAUAGCUAUAUUUUGAAUAUGUAGUUUUUGAGGAAUCCAAGGGGGUAACUGUAAGUUAAUCUCAUGGAUAAUACUGUUGUAAUUUAUAUAGCCCCUAAACACAUUGUACACAGACAAUGUAUCCCUGUUAUGCGAGUGAUUUGAUAAUAAGAAUUUAGUAUCAUUACAUUGUGGAGCAA